CUCAUGAAAGGCAAAAGGGAGCGAGCCGGAGAGUGGGUUGAAGAAUGGCUCACUAUAAGGAUGUCUCUGUCAGGAAGACUUCUUUAAAUCUGGUGACUGGAUUUUUUCAGUAUCUACGUGAUGAGCAAGAGGCAGUUCAGAAGAGAACCUUCACAAAAUGGAUCAAUUCACAUUUAGCAAAGUAUAAAACACCACUAGAGGUUAAUGACCUUUUUGAGGACAUCAAAGAUGGGGUGAAGCUCUUGGCUUUGUUGGAGGUGCUGUCUGGACAAAGACUACCCUGUGAGCAAGGCCGCCAGCUGAAGAGGAUCCAUUGGGUUUCCAACAUCGGCACUGCGCUCAAAUUCCUUGAAGGCAGGAAGAUCAAGCUAGUUAACAUUCAUGCCACUGACAUCGCAGAUGGACGACCAUCAAUUGUCCUUGGGUUGAUAUGGACCAUUAUCCUCUACUUCCAGAUUGAGGAGUUAACCAGCAACCUGCCAGCCCUCCAGGCCCUGUCCAACAGCAACUCUUCUGUGGAGAGUAUAACCAGCUCUGAAACAGGAAGCCCUCCCAUGAAGAGAAAGGUGGUUAACAAAUUUCAGGGCAAUGCCAAGAAGGCCCUGCUCAGAUGGGUGCAGUGCACAGCAGCCAAGUUUCAUGGAAUUGAAGUGAAGGACUUUGGUCCCAGCUGGCGCGAUGGUGUCGCGUUCCAGUCAGUGGUGCAUGCCAUCAGGCCAGACCUGGUGGACAUGGACGUGGUGCGGAGGAGGAGCAACAGGGAGAAUCUGGAGGAAGCCUUUGCACUUGCAGAAAAUGAGCUGGGUAUUCCCCGUCUGCUGGAUCCAGAAGAUGUGGAUGUAGACAAGCCAGAUGAGAAAUCCAUCAUGACAUAUGUGGCUCAGUUCCUCAAGCACUACCCAAACCCCCACCACUCUGAGACUGAUGGACAGCAGGAUGAGAGAGAGGAGCGGAAGAUGCUGAGAGAGCUGAAGGUGUUUUUAGAUCAGCUGGAGAGAGAUGUGCUGCGGGCUCAGGGAGCAGAGGGAAACCUCACUGACAAAUAUCAGGCAUUUAAGAGCUUCCGUGUACAGUAUGAAAUGAAGAAAAAGCAGACAGAUCCGCUGCUUCAGCCAGUGCACCGAGACGGCAAGCUGUCCGUGGACCAGGCUCUGGUCAAACAGGCGUGGGACCGUGUGUCUGCCAGGCUGCUAGACUGGCACAUCCAUCUGGACAAGUCCCUGCCUGGUCCUCUGGGAGUGAUUGGAGCCUGGCUUCACAGGGCCGAGAUGGCUCUGAGAGAGGACAUUCCCAUUCAGCAUGCUCAUGAAGAGACAGCCAAUGUUCUUCACAGAAAACUAGAGCAGCAUAAGGAGGUAUUAAAAAACUUGGAAUCGCACAGGCAAACCUUCCAUCAGAUCCACAGGGACAGAUCAGUGAAUGGGGUACCUGUCCCACCUGAGCAACUCCAAGAUAUGGCUGAACGGUUCAAUUUUGUGUCUAUAUCAUCACAUGCUCACUUGAUUAAACUGGAAUUCUGGGAAAUGAAAUAUCGACUGAUGGCAUUUCUUAUGUUGGCUGAGUCAAAGCUCAAGUCCUGGAUCAUUAAAUAUGGCAGACGGGACUCUGUUGAGCUACUGCUGCAAACCUACCUUACUUUUGUUGAAGGCCACAGGUUCUUUGAGCAGUAUGAGAUAAUCUUCAAAGCCCUCAAGCAAGCUGCAGAGGUUUAUGUAAAGUCUGACAGUUCAAUUGAUGAAGCAGAAGGGGUAAGUAAAUUCCUCAGUGAUGCCACGGCUCAGUGGAAGAACCUGGCUUUGGAGGUGCGGAGCGUUCGCAGCAUGCUGGAGGAGGUGAUCUCUAACUGGGAGAAGUACAGUAGCACAGUGGCAGCUCUGCAGGCCUGGCUAGAGGACGCUGAGCAGAUGCUCAAUCAGUCGGAGAAUGCCAAACGUGAUUUCUUUAGAAACCUCUCUCACUGGAUGCAGCAGCACAUGGACAUGAACGAUGCUGGGAACUUCCUCAUUGAGACCUGCGAUGAAACAGUCUCACGAGAUCUGAAGCAGCAGCUUCUCCUUCUGAACGGGAGAUGGAGAGAGCUGUUUGUCAAAGUCAAACAUUAUGCAAGAGCAGAUGAGGUUGAUAAGUUGAGGCAAGACUAUCAAGAUGGGAUUAAUACCUUGAAAAUGUUCAUGGAUGCAACUAAUGAGAAGAUGACUGCUCCUGUCCAAGUAUCUUUCCUGAAUGUCAGAGCUUUUUCUCAAGAUGUUGAGGAAAUCAAGCACAAAGUGCCAGCUAUGGAAGCCGCCUGCAAGGCAGCGAGCCGCACCGCUCAGCUGUUGACCAAAGACACUCCACAGGAGGAGGUUUCACAGAUGAUGGCUGUGAUGGCCUCAAUCAAAGAGCAGCUGAGCAAGGUAAGGGAGAGAUGUUUGCCUCUGCUGAGGGAGUCCCAGUCUCUAUUACCUCCACUAGAAGAAAUGGAGAAGAACAUCACAGGCUUCUACCAGGCUCUGGAGAAAGCCAGUCAUAUCACCAGCACCACAGAUUCUGAGGGACCGGUGGACUUUAAACAGAAAUGCCAGGAGCUGGCGACCUUCACACACAGCUGUAAGAAGUGUUUGACAGUGAUAGAGAGAAACCACCAGACCAUCCAGAAAAUAAUGAACAGCAGUAAAACCCUCCAGCACAUGGACAUGAGCCUUCUGCAGAAAAGAGUAGCGGACCUGCAGUCUUCCUCACAGGCCAUGAUUAAGGAAUCUACAGAAUGGCGGAAGCAUGUGGAGGCAAACAGCAGCCUCAUGAAGAGGUUUGAUGAGUCACGGGUAGAGCUGGAGAAAGUUCUUAAAAUGGCACAGACCUGUUUGACAGAAAGAGGAAACCCAGAGGAGCUGCUCAAGAAACACACAGAGUUCUUUGGUCAGCUGGACCAGCGGGUCUUAAAUGCAUUCCUCAAGGCUUGUGAUGAGCUGACGGACAUUUUGCCAGAGCAGGAGCAGCAGUCGCUACAGGAAACAGUCAGGAAGCUGCACAAACACUGGAAGGAUAUUCAGACAGACGCCCCCUUUCACCUCCUGCAUCUUAAAGUGGAGGUGGAGAGGAGCAAGCUGAUCGUGUUGCUGCAGGAGUGCCAGGCGGAGGUGACCAGGGAGAACCGCCACCUGGCUAGCAUGGGGAGCGAGAGGCUCAUCAAGGAGCACAGGGCCUUCUUUAGAGAAAAGGGCCCUCAGUCCAUCUGUGAGAAAAGGCUGCAGCUGAUGGAGGAACUUUGUCAAAAGCUCCCUGAGGGUGACCCUGUCCACCAGACCCUGGACUCAGCUAGAAAAGACUUCUCUGAGGUCCAAGAGGAAAUCGAGAGCACUCACCAGAAGCUAAUGCAGCACCAAGAUAAAUGGAAGGAGUACAACACAAGAUACGCUGAACUCUCCUGCUGGCUUAUAUCUAAAGAAAGCCAACUGAGGCUGCUGAGAAACCGAGCAAAUGACCCCAGAAAAUAUGGUCAGGUGAAGACUACCAUCACGGAGCUGAGGAAUGAUGCAGAGCUACAGGAGGGGAAUCUUGGCUGGCUGAAAGCCCGUAUGGCCGUACUUAUUGAAAUCUGUGCUGACAGCGAUGCCCAGAGGCAAGGAAGUGCACUGAGCAAGCUCUCUACUGAUUUCAAGGGUCUCCUUGCUUCUCUUGUAGAGGCUGAGAAGAUGGUGCUGGCUGUGGGGGACUGUGUUCAGUUCAGGGAAGAGGUACAAACCACUUUGGAUGAUCUUGUACAGGGACAGAAAGAGGCUCAGGCUGAGGUCACCAAAAUACUGGACUGUCCAACUGUUAGAGAAGCCCAACAGUUCCUUCUCAUUCACCAGCAACUGUCAAAACGCCUAAAGCUGAAGAGAAAGGAUGUCCAACAGCUGAUCACCAGAGGCCAGCAGCUCCAGGCCGAGGAAGGUUUGGGAGAAACGCUGCAGCAGGACCUGCAGAGUUUAGAAAACACACUCAGCAAAAUGGAGCAGAAUAUGGAUUCACAGGAGCAAAGCCUUGAGGUCACACUAGCAGCCUGGCAGGAGUUUGACAGCCAGCAGGAGGCAGUGCAUGAGUUUGUUAAUAAAGCGCGCUCAACAAUGGAGAGAGACCUGAACUUCAGCAGCCCAGAGAGCCUGUCUGUUGAACUUGACCAGGCCAGAGUGUUGUUAAAGCAGUGUGAAGCAGAGGCCUCACAUAUGAACACUUUGCUGAAGAGAGCGACAGAAAUCCAGCUUAGUCCGAAGAACAAGACGCUGCUUUUACAACAAGCUCGUUCCCUCAGUGAGCAAGUGGACAAAGUAGAGGCUGGGCUCAAAAAAGAUGUCAAAACUCUGGAAGAAAUGAAAACUCAGUGGGAUCAAUUUGGAGCUGAGUUUGAAAGCUUUUCUUUGUGGAUAUCGGACAAAGAAAAGCAGUUGGAAGUGCUGAAGUCCUCUACUUUGCCUCUUGAGCAACAGAUCAACACAGUAAAGGUUGUUGGUGCAGAGCUUCGAGAGCAAGCUGAGGUUCCUUCUCAGCUCGAGGCAGAGUCCCAGGCACUAGCCCAGUUUGUAUCUUCAGGGGAGGCAGCUCGCAUCAAGGCCCGUCUGACCCAAAUCGGCAGGUACUGGGAGGAGCUGAAGGAGAGCGUACAGCAGUUUGAUGGACAGCUGGAGGAAAGCUCCUCUCAACAGCAGAAGUUCAAAAUUAGCCUUGAGGAGGUGCAAGCAUCUGUGAGUGAGCUACACACAAAACUGAAGCAUCCUAUUAAAUCCUGCACCUCCUCAUCAGAGACCUACAAAGCUCUUCAAAACCACAUGGAUGUCUGUCAGCAUCUGGAAAAGCUGAAGGGAACCUUGCUCUCUCUGUCAGCUGGUGCCCGAAGACUCAGUGACAAAGAGCAAGCAGAGAGGACUGUGACAGAGCUAAACUCCAGCUAUGACCAAAGCAUUCAGGAGGCAAAGGACAAACAGAGCUCUCUGGAAAACCUGCUUUCUCUUUGGCAAAAGUAUGAGAAACAGCGUUCAAACUUUGUUUCCUGCUUGGAGAGGAGUGAAUCUGUUUCCAAACCGGAGAGUCAGUGUCUAUCAGCUGAUAAAGCCAAGCUCCGCACAGAGAUACAAGAUUUGCAGGCCUUACAUUCUGAGGUCCAGUCCCUCGAGCCUGCUCAUGCUGAACUAGCAUCUUUGGGGACGUCCUUGUGUCCGACUGCACCAGAAGAGAGGGUGAGGCAGCUGAAAGAGGAGCUGGAGACCCUGCAGAGAAGAUUGAAUGUUCAAAAUGAAGUCAUCCCUCAAAGAAUCAAAGAACUUCAGAGCCACCUCUCGCUGGUGGAGCAAUUUGACCAGGCCUUGCUCAAAUUCUCCCAGUGGAGUGAGACCAUGCUCUCAAGUCUGCACUCAGCUUCUCAAAUCAACAUAAGCAACCUGCAGUCUGCCACUAUACAAGUAAAGGAGACGCAGGUGGCCUUACAGAAGCAGUCCAGUGUGAGACAGAGCUUGGAGCAGCAGACUGAGAAACUCUGUCAGUUCUGUGAGCCUAGUGAUGCACAGCUCUUCCGCAGCAGAGCAGACAGCUGUCUGCAGCCUUACCUGGAGGCUCAGCACAUAGCUGAGCUCCAGUUAGAGUGCCUUGAAAGGCUUGAGUCUUUUCUGCAGACACACAGUGUGGCUGCAGGGGUGUUGCGGGGCCUUAAGCAAACUGUAGAGAGUGCUGGGAGCUGGGACCGUGGAAAAGUAGAGGAGCUGCAGCAGGAGCUGGCCACUAUUGUCCCAGACAUCAGUCAGCUCGAGACUCUAGCCAUCAAUCUGGACAGCAGUCUCUGCAAAAGCCAUCUCCACAUUGGUGCUGAUGAGGGUUCUCGUAAAUCCUGCCGCAUGCUGGCUGAUUCACUCAGUGCUGAGUUGGAUGCAGUAAGGAACUUGCUUGGUACUAAGCAGAGUGAAGCAGAGGCCCUGGGUGCUCUAUGGACCUCAUUUAGACAACGGAAAGAACAGCUGCUCAAAGCUGUGGAGGACAUUGAAGAAAAAGCCGACCACCAGAGCUUCAAAGAGCCCAGCCUGCAUGCGCUACAACAGAGGCUAAGGUUCUUUAAUCAGAUGGAGGAUGAGCUACAGUCACACCAGCAUGAGGAGCAGUGGCUGAGGGACAAGGGGAACCAGCUGGCCCAGAGAGAUGCAGAGUUAGCUGGGGAGGUACUGAGGGAAAUCAGUCUGCUGGAGACCACAUGGGAGGACACCAAGAGGCUCAUCACAGAGAGACAGGAGCAGUGCAAUGUCCUUGUUGAGCUUAUGAGAGAAUACCAAAUCCUGAAAACCAUCAUCAGCAGUGUUACUGAGAGCACCGAACCUCUGGUUGAGAUAACCUCUGUUUUGAAGGACCAUGAGGAAACCAGGAGGUCGCUAACCAAGCAUGAAGCAAUGAAGGUAGAGAUGGCUAGCAAGCAACAUGAACUGGACCAGUUUUCCAGUAAAGGAAAACAACUGGUGAUUGAACUGAAGAAGAUCCCUGAUUGUGAUGCUCAAAUGAUGAAAAAAGAUAUGGAGACACUUGUUGAUCAGUGGCUGGAUGUGUCUGAGAAGAUAGAUGAUAACAUUGAUCGUCUGAACCAGAGUUUGGCACUGUGGGAAGAUGUGCGUAAAAUCAACGAGGACAUUGAGAGCUGGACAAGCAGCUGUGUGAUUGAACUAAAUGAGAGCCUGGGCAACUUCAAUGACAGUCAGAAAGUGUCGGGAAGGCUCUCCAUGUUACAGGAGGAAAUGGGUGAGAAGGAGCAGAAACUUGAAACCCUGCAGAGCAAAGUAUCAGAGCUGAAGAGGUUCAGCCAAAGUCAAGAAACCCCUGCUAAAUUACAGGUGCUGGAGAAUGACCUUCGUAAAAAGAUCAGCACUGUUCAGAAGCUACAUGAGCAGGCCAGGGGAAACCUCAUGGACUUCAGUUUCCAAAGGAAACAGCUGGAAGACUACAUCUCACAGAUGUCUGCAUGGCUGAAAAGUAUGGAGGAUUCCCUUGUUUCUUCUCCUACUGGAUCGGAUCCUGAGGACAUCUGCAAAGUGAAGGACCUCCAGAAGGAGCUGCAAAAUCAGCAGGGGAGUAUUGACUCCACCAGGGAGAGCCUCAACACCCUGUGUAGAAAAUACCCCUCUGAGGAGCUGGCUGGUUUGGGAUCAACUCUCACCGACCUCAUCAAGACUUAUGAAUCUGUGAACCAGCUCUCUGCCAGGACGCUGGUGUCACUGCAGAACUGUCUUCAGCAGCAAUUUAAUGAUUUAGUUCAGGAGUUCCAUCGUUGGCUUUCAGAACAGAGGGAGAUAGUGAAAGAAUGCUCGGACCGAUCCGGAGACACUCAAAUUGUGGAGCGAAAACUACAGAAACUAAAGGGCGCCAUGGAUCGUGUGGAGGAGGGUGAGGUACGACUUACUCAGGUCUGUGAGGAAGGAGAGAAGCUCCUACUCCAUCUUCCCAAAGCCAGCGCUGGGCAAGUCCAACAGCACUUGUCCUCCAUCCAGCAGGACUGGGACAGUUUUGUAGAACAGUGCAGACAAAACCAACAGAUCCUGGAAGACAGCGCAUCUCUAAUGAAGGGGUUUGAGGGUCGCCUUAAGAAGCUGAGGUGGUGGUUGGAGCACAUGGAAAAGAGGAUGACCACAGAUCUACUUGAAGCCAAGCAACGUGGUCCUGAAAAGGCUGUGCUUGAGCAAGCUGAGGAAUAUCAGCAGGAAGUGCUCAAAGAAAGGGAUUCAUUUGAACGCUUAUGUCAGGAGGGCCAGGCACUGAAUGAAGGUGGGCGAGGCGAUGGUAGUGAGACAAGAGUAUCAGCUCAGCUGCAGUCACAGCACCAGGCCUUGCUGAGGCGUGUGAGAGAGAGGCUGCGCAGCUGCCAGCUCACUUUGCAAGAGCAACAGGCCUUUGAAGAGACACUGCAGACUACCUGGACCUGGCUUAACGGAGUCCAGGAGCGCCUGGCAUCACUCAACAGCACAGUUGGCAAUAAAGAGACUCUGGAGAAAAGACUAGGUCUUGUACAGGAUAUCCUGCUAAUGAAGGGUGAAGGUGAGGUGAAGCUCAACAUGACUGUGGGAAAAGGAGAACAGGUCCUGAAGCACAACAGAAUGGAGGGGCAAGAGGUCAUUUGUUCACAGCUACAGAGCCUGAAGGAUGCCUGGGCUAAUAUGUUGAUGACUUCCAUGAGUUGCCACAGUCGUCUGGAGUGGACAGUGGCCCAGUGGACCAGCUUUCAGGAAAGUAAAAGCCAACUGCAGCAGUGGAUGGAGUCAGUGGAGCAGGAGUUGGGGAUGACUCUGCCUCAGCAGCCAGGCCUCAAAGAGAAGUCCGCUUUGCUUGAGCGCCUCAGGGCCAUCCAGGCUGAUGUGGACGCUCAUGCAGCAGCACUGUCACGCCUAACAGACAAAGCAGUGGAGAUGCACGAAAAAACUGGCGACCAGACCUUUGGACCAGAGUCAAGGGCGGAGCUGAAUGCUCACUUUGCUGAUAUCUCAGCUGUCGUCAAGGGUAAAGUGCAGUCCAUGCAAAAUAUCGUGUCUGAGCAUGAGCAGUAUCUCGAUGCUCUUAGAGACUUCAAUGAUUGGCUGAUUUCAGCAAAAGAGGAACUUCAGCGCUGGUCAGACCUCUCAGGAGACUCAGUCUCUAUUAAAAGAAAGCUCUCCAAGGUGCAGGAGUUGCUUGACUCUAAGCAGCGAGGUAGAGAGAGGCUGAACCGGGUCCAGAGAUGUGGGGCAGUGGCAAGAGAUCACACUGGCUCAGCUGGCUAUGAGGCUAUGGAGCGAGAGGAAGCAGCCCUCUUAUCCUCAUGGGAACAGUGGGAACGUGGAGCACUGCAGACACGGGCUAGUCUAGAAACAGCCCUCUCACAGAUAGCCAGCUCUGAACAAGAGUUCAGCAGCCGGUCAACUCAGCUGGAGCAGGACCUGCGGGACUUCAACCGGCAACUACACGACUGGCGUCUGCGGUUGUCUCAAGCAGAGGGAAAAAACGAUGGAGAGGAGGCUGUAAAAGGCUGGCAGAUAGCAAAGGACACUUUGGAGGAACUUUUAAAAGCUGAGCCCAUGUCUGACAGUCUGAAGACUCAACUCAAUGAUCUGUGCCGAUUCUCCAGAGACAUGGGCACACAAUCUGAGAGAGUUUCUGCUCUUAUUAAAGAAUACAACAGUCUUAGUCUGCAAGCGUCCAGGGAGUGCCAAAGCAAAGAUAAACUGCUGGCACAAGGAUUUCGCUCAGCCUUCCGAGAGUUCCAGCAGUGGUUGGUGAAUGCCAAGAUCAACACGGCCAAGUGCUUCGACGUACCUCAAAAUCUCAAUGAGGCCUCAUCGAGCUUGCAAAAGAUUCAGGAGUUUCUAAGUGACAGAGAGCUAGGUCAGUCAAAGCUGAAUGCUGUGGUUGUGAAUGGUGAGCUGGUAUCUAAUGUUGCAGCAAAAGACAAAGUUGAUGCAGUUCGGGUUAAAAUGAACACUGCCAGAGAGGACUGGAAAAAUAUGAUGUCCAGCCUGCACAACAGAGAGACAAGUCUACAAAAUCUUUUAUCCCAGAUGAAAGAUUUCGAGGCAAGUGCUGAGCCUCUCCAGGAGUGCCUGAAUGCCACAGAGCUGGCUGUACAGGAGAGCAGCACAAGGCUUCAUGAUCUCACAGCCAAGAAGCAAGAGCUUCACAAGCUGCAGGAGAAGGCAUCACGGAUUGACCGAAUAGUCACUGAGCACCAGCUUUUCUCCCAAGGGUUGAAGGAACUGCAGAACUGGGUGGCUGACACCAGCCAUAUGCUGCAGACUUACUGCGCCCCCACUGCUGACAAAAAUGUUCUUGAUAGCAGGAUGAUUAAGCUCGAGGCCUUGCUGACUGCUCGUCAGGAAAAGGAGAUCCAGCUGAAGAUGCUGAUCACAAGAGGAGAGUCAGUUCAGAGAAACACCUCAGCUGAGGGAGUGCCUGUGGUCCAAAAACAAAUACAGGACCUAAAAGAUUCCUGGGACGCCCUGCUCUCUGCCUCAAUCCAAUGCAAAAGUCAGCUGGAGGGUUCCCUGUCUCAGUGGACCAGUUACCAGGAGGAUGUACGUCAGUUUGUGGCAUGGGUGGAUCGUGUGGAGGAGAGUCUUGAUCCCACUGAUAAACAGUGCUCAGAGAUGAGAGACAAAACUGCUAAUCUGAGCAAAGCCAAGUUGCUGUAUGAGGAAGUGCUCAGCCACAACACGCUGCUGGACACCAUCACUGCAAAGAGUGGCAGUAUCGCCGAGAACUUUGUCACUCAGCUAGAGCUCCAAGAUCUGCAAGAGCGCUAUAACACUAUCAAAGACAAUGCCAUGAGGGCCGUAGGCAAAGCAGAGGAGCUGGUGAAAGCACACCAGGAGUAUCAGCGGGGCCUCCAUGCAUUUGAGGACUGGCUGGAACAAGAACAAGAGAAGCUUGGCUGCUAUACCCAACUGGAGGGUGAUGUUGAUAUGCUGGAGGAGACUCUGCAAAAGCUACAGGAACUGCAAUUGCACUGCACAGAGGGCCAAGCUUUGCUUAACACCCUGCUGGUCAGUCGAGAACUGGUUAUUCCCUGGGGCCUGCCUCAGAUCGAAGACCGAGCCCUGGAGACCCUGCAGCAAGAGUGGAGGUUGUACCAAGCCCGGCUGGCCGACACCCGGGCUCAGCUCAAUAGUGCUCUUGCCAAACUCCGGCAGAUGGAGCAGAAGUUUCAGCGUCUUGACAGCUGGCUAAAGGGCAUGGAGACCAAAGCACAACUGCGUAGCCACCGGCGGUCUGACCGUGCCACCAAAGAUGCUCAACUACAGCUGAUAAAAACCUGGCAGGAGGAAGUGCUGGUUUAUCAAGAGGAGAUGGAGGGCCUCAGUCUCUUGGCUCAGCAGGUUCUGGAUGAGACCCAUAUCAGCAGCCGGAUCAGUAACAGAGCCACCAAGAUUACAGCCCGCUACCACGUCCUGCUGCUGCAUUUAAUGGAGACAAUCAAACAGCUCCAGGAGGAGGUGUCUUGCAUUGAAGAGGCACAGUGUGUCUUCAGCACUUUUUCUGACUGGCUCAGCACAGCUCAGAAUAACUUCAGCACUGUGGCUAUCAGUGUUGAUGCAGUGGACCGCUUUGCUAUGGAGAGAAAGAUGAAAAAACUAGAGGCUCUUCAGGGAGACAUGGAGCAGGGUCACACUUACCUCAAGACAAUGAGAGAGAAGACGGAGCGAGCCAUGACAUUCUUGGAGGAGCCCGAAGCAGAGCAGCUGAAGGAGGAGGUAGACACCCGCCUCCUCCAACUACAGGAGUUAAUGGACUCUCUGCGCACUGAGCAUAGCUCCCUCGAGAAAUGUAUCUCACUUUCUAAAGACUUCAUGGAUAAAUACAAGGCCCAGGCCCAGUGGGUGAUGGAGACAAAAAACCUUUUAGCAUCCAGUGUAGAGCCUAAAGCUGAACUCUACCAGAAGAAGGCUCAGCUAGCAAAGUACAAGACCAUCCAGCAGACAGUGCAGUCUCAUGAGUCAGCAGUGAAAUCGGUCUAUGAGAAAGGAGAAGCUCUGCUCGAAAUAGUCCACGACGCCACUGUGAGUGACAACAUGAAAAAGAUGCAGGCUGACUACCAAGAUCUCUGCUUAGCAGCUAAGACCCAGGUCCAGAACCUUGUGGAGUGGGUGAAGGAGCACGAGGUUUACAAUAGUGAAUUGCAAGAAGCUGAGAAAUGGCUCUUACAGAUGUCCAGCAGACUGGUCACCUCAGACUCCAUGCAGACCAGCGGUAUGGAGAUGGCCACUCAGCAACUUGCCAGACACAAGGCAAUAAUGGAAGAGAUAGCCAGUUUUGAGGAGCGUCUCACCAGCUUGAAGCAGAAAGGAGAAGAUCUCAUUGCCAGCUGUACUGACCAAGUUCAAGCUAAGAUCAGUCAACAAGUCCAAGCUCACCAACAGGGAACCAGAGACAGCUAUGCUGCCAUUUGCAGCACUGCCCAACGUGUGUACCAGAGUCUGGACCGGGAGCUGCAGAAACACGUUAGCCACCAGGACACUCUCCAGCAGUGCCAAACCUGGCUCACCACAGUGCAGGAGGAGCUUCAGCUCAACGAUCAGGGACCAUCUGGUCUGCAGGAAGCACUGAAGCAGGUGAAGCACUACAGGGCCCUUCAGGAGCAGGCCAGCACUUACCUGGACCUGGUGUGUUCUGUGUGUGACCUGUCUGAUGAUGCCGUGAGAGUGGCAGCUGCUCAGGUCCAACAGGUCAAACUCACGAUAGAGGAAAGGAUGUCCAGUGCACAGGAGCUUUCAGAGGGCUGGAGGGAGAUCAAAGAACAGAAGCAAGAUCUGACCAGCCUGUUCCAGGAUAUGGAGCAGCAGCUCCUCAGCUUCUCCAGACGGCCUGCAGAGUUGGAGACAAAGAUAGCUCAAAAUAUGCUGUCACAAGCCAAGGAAUGCAGCCAGCAACUGCAGUCUAAACAGAGUAUCCUGACCAAGAUGACAGAGACUGUGAGCAGAUUGACUGGUGGCCAGGACUCUCCAGAACAUGCAGAGCUUGACCGUCUGAGCCAUUCCUGGCUUGAGCUCUGUCACCAGGCUAGCAAGCUGCAGAACCAGAGAGAGGAGGACCUGCAGAGGUCUAAAGAAUACCAUGACUGUAUCACCGCUGUGGAGGCUCUGUUUGAACAAGUGUCCAAAGAGUGGGACAAUCUGGCAAGAACGGAUGCUGAAAGUUCAUCUCAGCAUUUGGAGGCAUUACGGAAACUUGCAAUAACUCUGGAAGAACAAAAGGGCACUCUUGAAGUCCUCAAGGAACAGAAACAAAAAGUAAUCCAACAUUUGAACUUGGAUGACAAGGAGCUGGUAAAAGAGCAGAUCAGCCACUUCGAACAGCGAUGGUCUCAGAUGCAGAACCUAAUUGAAAGGAAAAUCCAGGACUCAGUGGUGACCCUGGAAGAUAUGGGCCAAGUAGAGGCCCGUCUGAGAGAGGCUCGCGACUGGGCAGAAGAGCAACAGCCUGCCCUAUCUGAGGCCAUGAAAAUGAGUCCGCCUCCAGAGCUGGCACAGAGCUUCCUGUUUGACCACCUGAGCAUCUGCAGUGAGUUGGAAGCCAAGCAGCUCCUGUUGGCACAGGCCAUGGCUGACGCUGACAGGGUGCUGGCCCGGCUGGGUCUCAGUGAACGUCAACGUCUGCAACAACUUAUUGCAGACACUCAAUCUGAGGUGGAAUCUCUGAGUGUGAAGGUUGUGCAGCGCAGAAAACACCUCAGCAAGGCUUUCACAGAGAGAACACAGUUCCUGAUGGCUGUAAACCAGUCCAUUUCCUGGGUCCAGCAGAAUGAGAAGAAGGCACAGGCAGAGGAGUACAUUGCUUUGUUACCUGAUGACCUGGCCAAGCAGGUCAGAACAUGUAGGAACAUUCAAAGCAGUUUGAAAGCCUAUCAGAGCGAGUUGACCUCCCUGUGGUCUCAGGGGAGAGACCUGAUGAGGGAUGCCAGCGAGGAAGAAAAGAAUGAGAUUCUCACAAAGUUGCAGGAAUUACAAAACAUCUUUGACAAAACAUUACAUAGAUGUGGCCAGAAACUUCAGGAGCUUGAAAAAGUAUUUGUUUCCAGAAAGUAUUUCAAGACUGAUUUAGAGAAAAUUUGCCUGUGGAUAAAACAAGCUGAUAUAGUCACCUUCCCUGAAAUCAAUCUGAUGGUUGGAGAUGCUGAAUUGGAAGCGCAGCUACUUAAAUAUCAACACAUAGUCGAGCAGGCAAUUGAAUAUGAGAAUCUUCUCCUAAUUGUACAAAGAGCUGGCCAAGAAAUUUUGCCCAGUCUGAAUGAAGUAGACCACUGCUAUUUGGAUGAAAAACUCAACACCCUCCCGCAGCAAUAUAAUAGCAUUUUAGCGCUAGCCAAAGAAAAACAGGAGAAAAUUCAGCAGGCCAUUCUCACGAGGAAUGAGUACACCUCUUUCAUAGAUGUCACUCAUAAAGCACUGAAAGAGCUUGAGGAACAGUUCAACAAUCUGGGCACUCAGCCUGUUGGGCUGCAAACAGAAGAGGUUGUCAAUUUGCAGAGUGACUACAAAGCUAUCCAGGCAGACCUGAGCAACCUGGGUCUAGCUGUGAGUGAACUGAACCAGAAGAAAGAGGGAUUUCGUAGCACCGGUCAACCGUGGCGCCCAGAGGAAAUGACCCAGCUUGUGAGCCUGUACAACGGCCUUAAGAGGCUGGUUGAACAGAAGGUCGAGCAUCUGGAUGAAACCUUGGAGUCCUUUGAGGACCACAAGGCAAUGGCUUUGCAGGUUGACUCUGAGCUAAAGGCCACAAAAGAGCAGCUGGUAAAAGUUAAUGCAGAGACGCAGUCAGCUGAGGAGAGGCUGAAGAACUACCAUGCUCUGGCGGGGAGUCUCCAGAGUGCCAACUCUCACUUGUCAAGGCUCAUGGACCAGAUGGAUACCCUUGCACCCCGCGUGGACCAAGCAGCUCAUGAUGCCUCCAAGGAGCAAGUGGUUCUGUGGCAAGAGGAGCUGCGUUCUUUGCAGGCCGCAGUAGGGGAUCUGAUUGAAGAGUGUGAGACCAGGUUUGUCCAAAGUAAAGACUUUGAGACAGAGAUGAAAAGGACACUGGACUGGCUGCAGCAAGUCAGGGAUGAACUGGGCUGUGCUGUGAUUGUUGAUGUGAGGGUGGAGAAGGUGCAGGAGGAGAUCAGAAAGCAGCAAAUCAUGCAGGAGGAAGUACAGUCGAGACUGAGAAUAGUGGCUGCUCUCAGUAGCAGGGAAAAACAGCAGUAUAUCAGCGCAAAUGAGCUUGUCCCAGUCCACGUAGAUACAAGCCUAGAAGAAAUGGCAAAGCUGCAGGCAGAUGUUCAGAAAGCACUGAGCUCCAAACAGAUUACUCUGGAGGACGCUCUGGUGUUGUGCCAGAAGUACCACUUCAGGAUGCAGUCGGCCUGUGAAUGGCUGGAGGAUGCCGUGUCCUUCCUGCAGCAGGCUAGCCUGGGUGUGGAUGUGGAGAACUACGAGGAGUGUCUCCGGCAGCAGGUGGACAUCAUGGCCACAGAGCAGGAGUUCCUCACCCACUUGGAGGAGCUGCAGGCCCUUCUGCCUCAGCUGGAGAACCUGGUUAACCCCACAGCUAAAGAGCAGCUCCGUGUGAGUGUGGAGUCAGCGAAGCAGAGAGGCAUGGAGGUCAGAGAUCAGCUCCAGUGUCACCAGGAUGUCCUUCACAGCUGUGUGGAUCAGUGGAAGACCUACCAGGAGGCAAGGCAGACUGUCAUUGAACUCAUGAAUGAGGCUGAAAAGAAGCUGACUGAAUUUUCCACUGCAAAGGCAGCUACAAGCCAAGAGGCUGAAGAUAAGCUAUGCAGUCAUCGGUCCCUUGUAUCACUGGUGAAUGGCUUCCAAGAGAAGCUGAGUGGUUUAGAGGAGCAAGCUGCCCAGCUGGAGCUGGUAGGGAGUGAUGCCAGCAAGGCCACCAUCAGUCGCUCCAUGACCACUGUGUGGCAGCGUUGGACACGACUCAGAAGCGUGGCACGGGGACAGGAGAGAGUACUUGAGGAUACAGCACAGGAAUGGAGGACUUUUAGAGAGAAGAUGGUGAAGGUGAGAGCAGUCUCUGAUGAGCUCCAAGGUCGUUUCCCUGACAGUGCUGUGGAGAAGGCUUCCAAAGCCACUCUGCAAUCUCUGUUGGACCAGCAUGACUUACUGAGCCAAGACUUGGAGAGAGAGCUCUCCUCCCUCACACUGCUGCGCCAGUAUGCUCUCAGCCUGCUGCACGAUGUGGAAGUGCCUUCACCAACAAAUGAGCAAGAUGAACUGCCCAGCCUGAAGGAGAUCCGAGCUGUACAAGACCAAAUGGAAAGCCUCCUGACACAGUCCAGGACCAAGCGGGCUCAAACAGCUCAGGAACUGAGGGAGAGAGAGGAAGUGGAGAAGGAACUUAGCGUUGUAAAAGCCUGGAUUCAGGAGACCAGGGAGCUUCUUCUUAACCCCACACCAGAUAUUGAUUCUCUGCUGCAGGAGCUUGAGGUUGUACAUGGAGAUGUGAUCACUUAUCGUCAGAAUGUGGAUAAAUUAGCAGAGCAGCAACAAAGCAAGUACCUGGACCUCUACACUAUACUGCCCUCUGAAAUCUCCAUGCAGCUGGCUGAGGUCUCACUUGCAUUGGGUGCCAUUGAGGAUCAGGUUCUUUCGAAAGAGAGAGAAAUUCAGAAAACCAGAGAAAUAAAAGAGGACUUCAGCUCUAGAAUCCAUGACACCUCAGAGAAACUCAAAGCAAUCUCCGCUAAAUUCAAGGAAAAAUCUCCUGAUGUUGAUCAUGCCAAAGAAGAGGUUAAGAGCUUGGCUGAGGACUUGGACUGUUGUGGUCGCACCCUCGCAGAACUGGAUGCUGCUGUGCAAGAUUUUGGCCGCAGAAGCCCCCUGCUGGCCAAACAGCUUGGCGACGCCAUCAGCAAGCUAUCGGAGAUGCAUCAUCACACAACACGGCUAGCAGACUGCAGGAACAACUGGCUCAAGAAGGCUGUCUGCUAUUUAGAUGAGUAUAAUGAGAUGCUUGACUUCAUUGUGAGGUGGUCGGAGAAAGCAAAAAGCCUGUUGAGGGCCAACAUCAUCUGGAACUCCUCCGUUCAUCUGCAGGAGCAGAUACGAAUGUACCAGGCUGUCCUUCGUGAGUCUCGUGAGCUCCAUGGGGACCUGGAAUCAAUGGCAGAGAAAGUGGAGCUUCUGUCUGAGGUCCUGCAGGUCGAGUCUAUGAGCCAACAGGUUUGGGAACUCAGUCGACACACUGAGGAGCUUCAGCAAAGCAUUAAGAUACGUCUGCAGAGCUUGGAGGAUGCAAAUAAGAGUAUGGAAGCCCUGGAGUAUGAAGUUAAGGCCCUACAUGUUGCUCUGGAGCAGGUCCAAGCCACACUGACCUCGCCAGAGCUGGCGCGCCAGAGCCUCAAAGAACAGCUGGCUCAGAGACAACGUCUGUUGGCAGAUAUGGAGAGCUUCAAGCAGCAGGUGCAGGCAGUGCAGCUGUGUCAGAGUGCUCUGCAGGUCCCUGAGGAGGUGAUGCCCAACCUUGCCAUCUGUCGCACAGCGCUGCGUCUGCAGCAAGAGGCCAGUCUGUUGCAGCACGUGGCCAUUCAGCAGUGCAACAUCCUUCAGGAGGCAGUGGUGCAAUACGAGCAAUAUGAACAGGAAGUGAGAGACCUACAGGGGCUGAUUGAGGAAGCACACCGUGUCAUUCAGGACCGACCGAUCCCCUCAAGCAACAUCCAGGAGCUGCAGGCCCAGAUCCUUCACCAUGAAGAACUGGCCCAGAAGAUCAAAGGUUACCAAGAGCAGAUCGCCUCACUAAACUCAAAGUGCAAAAUGCUGGCAGUGAAGGCCAAACAUGCCACUAUGCUGCUGACAGUGAGUGAUGUGGAAGGGCUGCCUGAGGGGCUGCAGGAGAUGGAAGAUGAGAAAUCCAAGAAGUCUUCAGCACAAACUGUCAUGAUGACGGCUGGCCGCUGUCACACCCUCCUGUCUCCUGUAACUGAGGAGUCUGGGGAGGAGGGCACUAACAGUGAGGUCUCUUCCCCUCCUGUCUGUCGCUCUCCUUCUCCCAUCACUCACACUGAAGCCACUAUAACCAAGUUGGGAAGAGGAACACUCACAAGAGCUCCAAUCCAAGAAUUGUAUGAUCCGACAUUUGAGUCUGUGGCCAACUUAGAUGACUUGCAGCGCUCAUGGGAGACACUUAAAAAUGUGAUCAGCGAGAAGCAGAGGUCUCUGUAUGAAGCUCUGGAAAAGCAGCAGCAUUACCAGAGUUCACUCCAGUCAAUCUCUUCUAAAAUGGAGGCUCUGGAGGCCAAACUGAGUGAACCUCUGGAGGCAGACAAAAGCCCUGAUAGUCACAUUAAGGCACAUGAGGGUCUGAUAGAAGAGAUUCAGAGUGUGCAGGAGGAAAUAAACAGGCUGCAGACAAGCUUCACAGAGGAUCUGGCCUCGAAUGCUGUGGACUCAGACAUGGCUGACCAGCUGGCCAUGCAGUCCUCCCUCGCAGUGUUAGCUGAAAGGAUGGCCACCAUCCGCAUGAAGGCCACAGGGAAACAGCAGCUGUUGGAGGAGCGUGUUAGUGACCGCUUGGAGGGUCAACGUCAGGAACAGGCCAUACAGCUCUAUGUCACCCAGGCAGAUGACCUGGACCAGUGGUUGAUCAGAAUGCGCAGUGCUGUAACCUUCAUCCUUGAACCUAAACCUGUAGAGGAGACAGAGAUGGAGGAUCAGCUUGCUGAAUGUCAGAACAUGUUGCUGGAUAUUGAAGAGAAGGUGCUGGCCCUGUCAGAGCUGUCCAUGCACAGUGAGAACCUGCUGCUGGAGGGCCGGACGGAGACGAGAGAGGAAGCCGAGCAGUUGGCCAGGAAGUUACGCACACUGAAGGGCGGCCUGUUGGAGCUGCAGAGGAUGCUACAAGACAAACAGAUUAACAUCCAGGGCUCUCUGCAGGAGCAAGAGGACAGUGAAUCAGACUCCAGCCUCUCUCAGAGUCCCAGUGUGCAGGACUGGCUGGCCCAGGCCCGGACCACACGUUCCCAACAACACCAGGACAGUCUGCAGAGACAGAGGGAGCUGGAGGAGCAGCUUGCAGAACAGAAAAAGUUGCUCCAAUCAGUUGCUAGCAGAGGAGAGGAGAUCCUCAUCCAGCAGGCCUCACCCAGCAGUGCCAACACAACAGAGCCAUUUUCACCAGCAGCUUUGGUUGAGAGGGAAUCUCAGGCUGCUCGAGAGCAGAUGAGGCAGAGAUGGGAGAGCCUGAGACUAGAACUUAAAACAAAACUGCAGCUCCUGCAGAAAACCCUGGAGCAGGACCACAAACAGCCGGUAUAUUCCAGAGCUUCUCGUGUAACCACAGCUGGAUCACUGUUUAAAGGAGAGACACAGGCUGACAAAUCCUCCCUGAAGACCCUGUAUGAUAGCUUCAGACAAAUAAUAGAGGACAUGACCACUCAGUCCGGUGGUGGUGAGACACAGGUGCCGCAGAUGGAACAGCAGCUCUACGCAGCUGUGUCAUCCACCUCCUCCUGGCUGGAUGGUGUGGAGAACAACGUCUUCUCUGGCUCAGUGUUGCUGGCUGAAAACGCCGAGACCCAGCUACAAAAGCAAGAGACCUUAGAAAACGAUGUGAGGCAUGUCACAGAGGACGUGAAGCUCAGCCAGGCUCUUCUAGCUGGAUCUUCAGGGUUGAGACAAGAGGACCGAGCGCUGCUAGAGGACAACCUGGACUGCCUGAAAGAGAGAUUAGGAGCUCUGGGUUGUGCCCUGGGCCAACGCUGUGACCGCAUGCGGACCAGAGCACAUGAGCUCACAGCCUACCAGACUGAGUUGCAACUUCUCCAAACUGCUUUAAUUGAGACAAAGUGCCAGAUCCUACAGGCCUUAGCUGGAGCCAUGGAUAGACCAGCCUCAAAACAACUGGAGGUUAUUGCCAGUGCAGAGGAGAGCCUAAAAGACUUUGAACAAAGGAUUACGGAGCUCAAAACCAGAGGAGCAGCACUACAGGCGGAUCAGAUAUCCACAAACAAAAUAUUAAAGCUCCAGGAUUCCUACGAGGAGCUGGUGAUGACGGUGGGUUCCCGGCGCAGUGGGCUGAACCAGAACAUGGCUCUGAAGGAGCAGUACGAGCGUGCUCUGCAGGACCUGACUGAUCUGGUGGACACAGCUAAAGACAAGAUGGCUGCCGAUCAGAGGAUCAUUGCCAGCUCUGUGGAGGAAGUCCAGAAUCACCUCGACAAACAUAAGGAGUUCUUCCAGGGUCUGGAGUCCCAUAUGAUUCUAACAGAAACAUACUUCAGAAAAAUCAGUGGUCUGAUGCUUCCCAAAGAGAGUCAGGCCCUGGAGGAGACACUGGCUGAGGCUCAGAGUGUCCUCAAAGAGGCACACAGUAAAGGAGUUGAGCUCGAGUGUAUCCUGGAGACUUGGUGCCGCUUGGUGCAGGAUUAUCAGAGUCUGAAUCGCCAACUGGAGGCAGUUGAAGGAAGUAUCCCUACUGUUGGCCUGGUGGAAGAGACUGAAGAAAGGCUCAUGGACAGAAUCUCAUUGUAUCAGGGUCUAAAGGGGAGACUGACAGAGCAUCAGCACAAGUUAUACCAGGUACUGGAUGAGGGCAAACAUCUCUUGCUGUCAGUGUGCUGUCCUGCACUGGAGAAUCAACUCACGCUGCUGGGGGAACACUGGCUCAACAACACCAGCAAGGUCAACAAGGAAUUACAGCGCCUGGAGGCCAUCUUAAAACAUUGGACCAGGUAUCAGAGGGAGUGUGCAGAGCUUAGCCAAUGGCUGCAGUCUGCUCUGGAGCGUCUGGAGUUUUGGAAUACACAGGCAGUGUUAGUCCCACAGGAGCUGGAAACUGUCAGAGACCAUCUCUCUGCUUUUCUUGAGUUUUCAAAGGAAGUUGAAGGCAAGUCCAGCCUGAAGAACUCAGUGGUAACCGAGGGCAACCAGUUGCUGCGUCUGAAGAAAGUGGACACGGUGGUGCUGCGGUCUGAACUGGCACGCAUUGACACUCAGUGGACUGAGCUGCUCACACGCAUCCCAGUGGUCCAAGAGAAGCUGCAUCAGAUCCAAAUGGAGAAGUUGGCCUCCCGUCAUGCCAUUUCUGAGCUGUUCAACUGGAUAUCAUUGAUGGAGAAUGUCAUUGAGGAGGAUGAAGAAAACCUCAAGAGUGCAGUGGGGUCAAAUGUGAUUCAGGACUACUUGCAAAAAUACAAGGGCUUCAGAGUAGAUUUAAGCUGUAAGCAGCUGACUGUGGACUUUGUCAACCAGUCAGUGCUGCAGAUCAGUGGUCAGGAUGUGGAGAGUAAGCGCAGCGAUAAGACAGACUUUGCUGAGCGACUGGGAGCCAUGAACCGACGUUGGCAGAUCCUACAAGGCCGCAUCAAUGAGAGGAUCCAGUUCUUGGAGAGCCUUUUGGAGAUGUGGUUGGAGUAUGAGAGCAGUGUUCAGGCCCUGAAAUCCUGGAUGACUGCACAAGAAGAAAGGCUGAAGAGGAAACACCGGAUAGAGGAUUUGACAUCUGUGCAGAAUGCUCUCAAAGACUGCCAUGAAAUGGAAGAGCUGGUGAAAGAAAAAGAGAAAGAACUAGAGAGGGUGGAGGAGCAGGGCUGUGCCCUUGUCCAGAACAAGACCGAUGAGGCCUGUGCUAUUGUCAUGGAGACGCUCCAGGGUGUCAAUCACACCUGGGCUAACCUGGACCACUUGAUCGGUCAACUUAACAUCAGCCUGAAGUCAGUGCUGGAUCAGUGGAGUCUAUACAAGCGGGCUUCCGAAGAGAUCAAUGGCUACCUGAUGGAGGGAAGGUACUCUGUGUCUCGUUUCCGCCUCCUUACGGGUUCCCUGGAGGCUGUUCAGCUGCAGGUGCAAAGUCUGCAGGAUUUGCAAGAGGAACUGGAGAAACAGGAGAGCAGUCUGAGAAAGUUUGGUGCUGUGACCCACCAACUGCUGAGGGAGUGUCACCCUUCAGUUUCAGAUUCUCUCAAUAACGCCCUUAAGGAUGUCAAUGCAAGAUGGACUGGCCUACUGGAGGAGAUUGUGGAGCGUCUAAAAAGCAGUAAAGCACUGCUUCAGCUAUGGCAGCGCUACAAGGAGCUUUAUGAGCAGAGCUGCUGCAGCAUCCAGCUGCAGGAGGAAAAGGCAGACCAGCUCCUCAAGCUCGCCUGCAGCAAGGACAUCGCUGAUGAGGAAGUGUCCGACUGGAUCCAAGAAUGCAGCGAGGUGCUUCGGUCCCAAGCUCCAGUGCACGCCUCCCUGCAGGUUCUCCGAGAACUGGGCGAUCAGCUAAAACAGCAGGUGGACACAUCAGCUGCAUCUGCCAUCCAAUCAGAUCACCUCUCUCUCACCCAGCGGCUGUCUGCUGUGGAACAGGCGCUUACUAGACAGCUCACCACUCUGCAGACUGGAGUUCAAGACUAUGAGACAUUUAACGAUCAGCUGGAUUCACUGGGGAGCUGGUUAGUUGAAGCUGAAGAGGCUCUGAAGGUGCAAGAUCCCAACGGCUGCACCGACCUGACAAUCAUCCAAGACCGCAUGGAGGAACUCAAGAGGCUCAUGCUGAAAUUCAGCAGUAUGGCUCCUGAACUGGAGCGUCUUAAUGAGCUUGGUUACCGCCUCCCUCUCAACGAUUCAGAGAUCAAGCGCAUGCAGAAUCUCAACAGGAGCUGGUCAGCAGCCUCAGCACAGACCACAGAAAGAUUCAGCAAACUGCAGUCGUUCCUGCUGCAGCAGCAAACCUUCCUGGAGAAGUGUGAAACAUGGAUGGAGUUCUUGGUCCAAACGGAAGAGAAUCUGGCAGUGGAAAUUUCUGGUAACUACCAGAGUUUGAUGGAGCAGCAAAAAGCUCAUGAGUUAUUCCAAGCCGAGAUGUUCAGUCGGCAGCAGAUCCUCCACUCUAUCAUCAGUGAUGGACAGCGGAUGUUAGAGCAGGGUCAGGUGGAUGACAGAGAUGAAUUCAACCUGAAGUUGGCUCUCCUGAGUAACCAGUGGCAGGGCGUAGUGCGGCGUGCUCAACAGAGGCGGGGCAUUAUUGACGGUCUGAUUCGCCAGUGGCAACGCUACAGAGAAAUGGUGGAGAAGCUGCGCAGAUGGCUGGUGGAAGUCUCCCACCCUGCAGAAGCCCUUCAGGCAGGAACUACAAUGCCUCUCCAACAAGCCCGCUCCAUGUUGGAUGCUGUCCAGCUGAAGGAAAAGGUGCUGCAGCGUCAGCAGGGCAGCUACAUCCUGACAGUAGAGGCCGGCAGACAACUCCUCCUGUCGGCUGAUAGCCGCGCGGAGGUGGCCCUGCAGGCAGAGCUUACUGAGAUCCAGGAGCGAUGGAAACAUGCCAGCAUCUGCCUGGACGAACAGAAGAAAGAGCUUGCCACCUUGUUAAAGGACUGGGAGAGGUGUGAGAGAGGUAUUGGUGGAUCUCUGGAAAAACUUCGAGCCUUCAAACGGCAGCUCUCUCAGUCUCUUCCUGAUCACCACGAGGAUCUGCAAGCUGAGCAGAUGCGCUGCAAGGACCUGGAGAACACAUUUGAUGGUUGGACUGGGGAUCUGGCCCAUCUGACUGUGCUGCGAGAGUCCCUGUCUUGCUACAUCAGUCCUGAGGACCUGUCUGUCCUACAGGAGCGAAUUGAGCUGCUGCAUCGACAAUGGGAUGAAAUCUGCCACCAGCUGUCACUGCGCAGGCAGCAGGUGAGUGAGAAGCUGAAUGAGUGGACCGUAUUCAACGAAAAGUACAAGGAGCUCUGCGAGUGGCUCACCAACAUGGAGAGCAAGGUCUCCCAAAACGGAGACAUCAGCAUUGAGGAGAUGAUCGAGAAGCUCCGCAAGGACUACCAGGAGGAAAUCACUGUGGCUGAGGAGAACAAGCUGCAGCUGCACCAGCUGGGAGAGCGCCUGGCCAGAGCCAGUCACAAGAGCAAAGCAGCUGAAAUCGAACAAAAACUCAACAAAGUCAGCGACCGCUGGCAGCACCUCCUUGAUCUCAUUGGAGCCAGAGUGAAGAAGCUGAGAGAAACUCUGGUGGCCGUGCAGCAGCUGGAUAAGAAUAUGAACAGCCUUCGCUCCUGGCUGGCCCACAUCGAGACCGAGCUGUCCAAACCCAUCGCCUACGACUCCUGUGACUCCCAGGAGAUUCAGAGGAAGCUCGAUCUGCAGCAGGAGCUUCAGCGUGACAUAGAGAAGCACAGUACAGGAGUGGCGUCUGUGCUGAAUCUGUGUGAGGUGCUGCUGCACGACUGUGACGCCUGUGCUACCGAUGCAGAGUGCGACUCCAUCCAGCAGGCAACUCGUAGCCUUGAUCGCCGCUGGAGGAGCAUCUGUGCCUUGUCAAUGGAGAGGAGACUUAAGAUUGAGGAGACGUGGCGUUUAUGGCAGAAAUUCCUAGAUGACUUUGCACGUUUUGAGGAGUGGCUGGCCACUUCAGAAAAGACUGCUGCUCUGCCCAACUCCUCUGGUGUCCUGUACACUGUAGCCAAGGAGGAACUUAAGAAAUUUGAGGCCUUCCAGAGGCAAGUCCAUGAAAGCCUAACCCAGCUGGAAUUAAUCAACAAGCAAUACCGCCGCCUGGCCAGAGAAAACCGCACAGACUCUUCCUGUCAACUGAGGGAGAUGGCUCACGAUGCCAAUCAGCGAUGGGACAACCUGCAGAAGAGGGUGGCAUCAAUCCUCCGCAGGCUUAAGCACUUUAUUAGUCAGAGAGAGGAGUUUGAGACAGCCAGAGACGGCAUCUUGGUGUGGUUGACGGAGAUGGACCUUCAGCUGACCAACAUCGAGCACUUCUCUGAGUGUGACAUUCAAGCCAAGAUCAAACAACUCAGGUCGUUCCAACAGGAGAUCUCUCUCACUACAGCCAAGAUUGAGCACAUCUUCCACCAGGGAGAGGCGCUGAUAGAGAAGAGCGAGCCUCUAGAUGCUGCUGUCAUUGAGGAGGAGCUGGAAGAGCUGCAGCGCUACUGUCAGGAAGUGUUUGGCCGAGUGGAGCGCUACUACAAAAAGCUUAUCCGGCUUCCGCUUGCAGACGACGAUACCGAAGUGUCAUUCUCGGACCGUGAGCUGGAGCUGGACGAGCCUGGUGAUUUGUCCAGCCUACCAUGGAACGAGCGUUUGGGCGAUGGCUUCCUGUCACCGCUGCCUUCCUCCGGACGCUCAGCCUCACUGGCAGCCCAGCUUCGGACCGAGCGCUCAGGCAGGGACACCCCAGCUAGUGUGGACUCCAUUCCUCUGGAGUGGGACCACGACUACGACCUGAGCCGCGGGCUGGAGAGCGCCAGCAGAGCCCUGAGAGAGCAGCAGAGUGAGGAGGGAGACUUCCUCCCGCGGCCUGCCUCAGCCUUGUCAGAUGUAGUGAUCCCAGAGAGCCCUGAGGCCUAUGUUAAACUUACAGAACAAACACUGAGGUCCUCCACUGGAGAGGUUGCCUCUACAGACUCACAUGUUCACCCUCUGGACACCACCCGUUUCCAUCUGCAACAAAUGGACAGCAGUCGCAGCCGCACACCCACAAGCACAGAACUGGAUGCCUCGUACAUGGGAUAUAUGCGGCUACUGGGUGAGUGUCGUGGCAGUAUUGACACAGUGAAGAGGAUGGGUGUUGAGCUGAAAGAGGAGGAAGACACGGUGUCUGGACUGGCAGAUCCCAGUAGCUCAGAGUCCCAGACAUCAGGAGUGAUCGAGCGCUGGGAGCUCCUGCAGGCUCAGGACCUCAGCAAAGACAUGCGCACAAAGCAAAACCAGCAGCAGUGGCAGCAGCUGAACUCUGACCUGAACAAUGUUUGGACUUGGCUGGGAGAGACGGAGGAAGAGCUGGAGCAGCAGCAGAGGCUGGACCUCAGCACGGACAUCCAAACGAUCGAGCAGCGCAUUAAAAAGCUGAAGGAGCUGCAGAAGGCAUAUGACAAGCGCAAAGCUAUUGUGCUGUCCAUCAACCUGUGCAGCGCUGAGUUCGUGCAGUUGGAUACAGAGGAGUCCCGAGAGCUACAGGCCAAACUGAAAGACAUGAACAACCACUGGGACAAACUGGGCAGCUCACUGGAGGAAUGGAGGUCCUCAUUACAGGAAGCUCUCAUGCAAUGUCAGGACUUCCAUGAGAUGAGCCAUGGUCUGCUGCUCUGGUUGGAAAACAUCGACCGUAGGAGGAAUGAGGUUGUUCCCAUUGACCCCAUUCAGGACAGUGACACUCUCCAUGAGCAUCAUAAAACACUUACGCAAAUCCGCCAGGAGCUGCUGGACUCCCAGCUCAAAGUUGCCUCGCUUCAAGACAUGUCCCUGCAGUUGCUGGUCAACUCUCAGGGCAGCGACUGCCUGGAGGCCAAAGAGAAGGUUCAUGUUAUUGGGAACCGCCUCAAACUGCUGCUAAAGGAAGUAACCCGAGACCUCAGAGAGCUGGCCAAGAUUCUGGACAUCACAAGCAGUCAACAGGAUCUGUCAUCUUGGUCAUCUGCUGAUGAGCUGGACACGUCGGGUUCCCUCAGUCCUGUAUCAGGAAGGAGUACACCAAGUCGGCGACGAUCGCAACGGGGCAAAUGUAGUCUGUCACAGCCUGGACCCUCUGUGAGCAGUCCACACCACAGGUCUCGCAGCGACGCUGGAUCCGUUUCCUUCCCUUCUGAUUCGGAGACAUCGGCGGGUCGUAGGUCGUCGUUCCUGUGCCGCGUCCUCUGGGUCGCACUGCCUCUUCAGUUCCUUCUGCUCCUGUUAGUGGUCUUUGCCUUCCUGCUGCCAAUGUCUGAGGAGGACUACUGUUCGCAGUCCAACAACUUCGCUCAUUCCUUCUACCCGAUGCUUAGCUACACUAACGGGCCACCUCCAGUGUAGGCUGGCUGUAAGAGCCAGUCAUUUCAGUAUUCCUACAUCAGUAUGACUUCAAUUCGAUUCUUCCUGACAAAAACUGAUCUUUGUCAUCCAUCUGUACUGCAGAAAAACAGCUGCCAUCUACCGUUAAUAUCUUUCUGUGUAGCACAUAGGAUCAAGCAUCUCAGUAUGUAACUCUGUGUAAUGCCGUGUCGAUUAAGGAGCAUCUUUGGUGUAACCAAACUGAAGAAACUGUUUUUGCCCACAGUGGACAUGCUGGAUGAAUGAACUGAAGAUCACCUCAGUGGCAUAUACAUGUUGUAUUUCUAUGAAGAGAUCUGUCAGUGGAUAGCACCAAAGUUAAAUGCUGAAAUUUAGCCUGUGAAUUUGCUUGUAACUCAAAAAUUUGUAAAAGAAACAAACAAAAAUUAACAUUUAAUAUGUCUGACAUUGCAAUUAUUUUUUUACCUGUAUUUUGGCAUGCAGUUUGCUUUUAUUUACUUACAUCCUUCAUUGUGUCUGUGUCCAUUUUUAACCUGAAUUACAUGGAUUCAAGUAAGAUUAAUUUAAGCCAAGUUGCGUGUUUUAAUAUCAAAGCCAGACACAAUUCAAGAGUUUAACCUUUAACAUCAGUCAUCCAUGGUCUUUAUACAUUUUGCUGUUUUAUUUUUUAAACAAAAUCUUAAAUACAACUUUAUGAUUGAGAAUUAUGACAUAUAGAACUAUUGUAUAUUUUGUAUGACUGUCAAUUCAGUAUCAAAUGUAUGUAAUAGUCUAAGAUUAUGUAAAAUGUGUACAUAAUGGUAAAAAAAAUCAAUAUGAAAAUGUAUGUAUAUGCGACCAUCAAAAACAAUGAAUGCCAAAUCCUCA